GAUUAGGGCGCCAAGAUCAAAAAUUAUGUACAAAGUAAUGCGGGUUCGGAAUCUAGGGAUUCCUGGGUUGGGUGAUACGUGUGCCGGCUCCGAGAAUUGUUGGCCAGACGCAUAGAGCGUGCCUCUUGAUGCUUUGGAAUGUCAUCUCAGUAGCUGACUCCCCUGAUGCACGAAAGAGGCGGCAGAAUACAAUUGCAGCACGCCACAGCCGGCAACGAAAAGUUGGAGUACGUCCGCACUUUAGAAGGUCAGGUAGCGGAUCUGGAAAAGGAACGCGAUGAUUUCAAAGCUAGGUGUGACAAGGCAGAGGAGAAAAUCCAGUGGUUGAAGGAAAUGCUGAUGGACGGACGAGGUGCUGGCCGCAGUACCUCUAGCUUCAUCUCCCUUCACCCCUCGCCACACAGUGGUCCCACAUCUUAGAGGUACUCACAUCCUUGGCAUUCCUCAUUUUACAUCUCAUUCAUUCAAUAUUUCACCCACAAUUACUUGUACCCUGUCUCUAAAAGUCCUGCUUUCAUAUCUACUGGGCUCUGUCUUGUCCUUGGAUUGUCCAUUUUCUUGGAUUCAUUCUUGACGUUUCAUAACAUAAUAUCUAAGUGCUGUAUAUUUUCUUUUGUAUACUGUGCUUUCCCCUCUCAUUCUUACAACAAGGACUAAUAUCCGCACUAUUAGCCUUACCCAUGUGUUGAA